CGAAAUCUUUAGGGUUUUUGCUCGCCAUAUUCUCCGUUAAGAACCAGGUUCGCCAACUUUUGUUGAUUUCUAUGGUUUUAUGAAUCUUCGAGAAUUGCAUAAUUUCAUUUCAUUGUUUGUUAUUUGUUUGGAUUGAGUUUUCUUUUCUAGGUUUACGAAAAUUAUAGGAUUUUUGGGUGUGCGCCUGUAUUAAUUCAUGCAAUAAUUUUGAUUAUGGAAGCUUCGAAGCGUAAUGGUGAGAGAAAAGAGUCGGAGGAUCGAGACAGAGACAAGAAAAGGGGUAGGGAGAAACGAGACAAAGCAAAUGAGAAAGAAAGAGAAAGGAGAAGUAGUGAACGGGGCACUGGUAAGCACGGUCCGCGCGGAGAGAGUCUCGGAAAGAGGAGAAGUACUGGUGAGGAUGAACAGCGAAAGGUGGGGGAAGAAGUGGAGAAGCGGAGGAAGAGGGUUCGGGAGUGGCAAGAAUUUAGGAGAAAGAAUGAAGAAGCUGGCAGAGAGAAGCUUGGGGAGGAAAAUGCCAGGAAGGUUUGGACUCUUGAAGAUGAAGAAUCUGAUGUUGAAAUUGACCAAAUUAGUAAUGAAGUUAGGGAUGAAAUGAUAAUAGAUUCUGAGAAUAGUUCAGUUCCACCUGUUUUGCAGAAUGGGGUUGAUGGGGCUUCUGGAGAUGAGGAGAUUGAUCCAUUAGAUGCUUAUAUAAAUUCUAUGGUUCUGCCUGAAGUUGAAAAACUGAAUAAUGCUUUACACUGUUCGAUUGUCGAUGAUAAGAGCAUAGACUUGAAGAGUAAGGAUAAAAAGAUUGAUGAAAGUAGUGGGGAGAAGUGGAAGAAAGGUUCAAAUAAAUCUUUGGGUAGAAUAAUUCCUGGGGAGGAUUCUGAUUCGGAUUAUGGGGACCUUGACAAUGAUAGGGCAAUGAUAGAGGAUGAAGAUGAUGUUGAGUUCAUGAAAAGAGUAAAGAAGACGAAAGCUGAUAAGCUCUCUAUUGUUGAUCAUUCCAAAAUUGAGUAUAAGCCAUUUAGGAAGAAUAUCUAUAUUGAAGUGAAAGAAAUCUCGAGAAUGACUUCAAAAGAGGUUUCUGCAUACCGUGAAGAGUUGGAAUUGACGACGCGUGGUAAGCUUGUGCCGAAGCCAGUUAAGACUUGGCACCAGAUGGGACUUACAAGUAAAAUAUUGGAGACAAUAAAAAAACUUAAAUAUGAAAAGCCAAUGCCAAUUCAAGUUCAGGCACUGCCUACAAUUAUGAGUGGCCGAGAUUGCAUUGGCAUUGCAAAAACUGGCUCAGGCAAAACACUGGCAUUUGUGCUUCCAAUGCUGAGGCAUAUUAAGGAUCAGCCGCCUGUGGUUGCAGGAGAUGGGCCCAUCGGGCUUAUCAUGGCACCUACAAGGGAGCUUGUCCAACAGAUUCAUAGUGAUAUAAAAAUGUUCUCCAAGGUUCUAGGCCUUAGGUGUGUGCCUGUAUAUGGAGGCUCUGGUGUUGCCCAACAGAUUAGUAAAUUGAAGAGGGGUGCUGAAAUUGUUGUUUGUACACCUGGUAGAAUGAUUGACAUGCUUUGCACAAGCAAUGGGAAAAUUACAAAUCUCCGUAGAGUCACUUAUUUGGUCUUGGAUGAAGCUGAUCGGAUGUUUGACAUGGGUUUUGAACCUCAAAUUAGUUUAAUUAUUCGGAACAUUCGUCCAGAUAGACAAACUGUACUUUUUUCUGCUACUUUCCCUCAUCAAGUGGAAACCUUAGCUCGUACCUUGCUACACAAACCUGUGGAAAUACAGGUGGGUGGAAGGAGUGUUGUUAAUAAGGACAUCGUGCAGCUUGUUGAAGUGAGGCCUGAAAACGAAAGAUUUUUUAGAUUAUUAGAAUUACUUGGUGAAUGGUAUGAGAAAGGGAAAAUUCUAAUUUUUGUUCAUUCCCAGGAAAAGUGUGAUGCUUUGUUCAGGAAUCUACUAAAACAUAGUUAUCCUUGCCUAUCUCUUCACGGUGCCAAGGACCAAGCUGAUCGUGAGUCUACCAUUUCCGACUUCAAAAGAAAUGUUUGCAAUUUGUUGAUUGCAACUAGUGUUGCUGCUAGAGGAUUAGAUGUCAAGGAGCUUGAACUGGUGAUUAACUUUCAUGUGCCGGAUCACUAUGAGGACUACGUUCACCGUGUUGGCCGAACAGGUCGAGCUGGCUGUAAAGGUUGUGCCAUAACGUUUAUAUCUGAGGAAGAUUCCAGAUAUGCUCCUUAUAUCGUAAAAGCACUUGAACUCUCUGACCAAACGGUUCCUGGUGACCUAAAAGCACUAGCUGAUAGUUUCUUGCAAAAAGUGAAUCAAGGACUGCAACAGCCACAUGGAAGUGGUUAUGUGAGAAUUGGAAAUGGGUUUAAGUUUAAUAAAGAAGAAGAUGAAAUGAGGAUAGCGGCGAAAAAAGCACAGGCGAAAGAGCAUGGUUCUGAAGUCAUGUCUGAUUCAGAAGAUGAAGAUGUCUCCGAGGCAGAAUUUGCUAUAGAUGGCUCCGCUUCUCCCUCCAAAAGUGGAACAGCAGCAUUGGUGCCUGAAACUAAGCUGCCUGUAUCAGUGAACUUGCAGCAUAUCCUGGAGAAAAUUCAAGCUGAUGCAGGGCCUAAACACUACAAAGCAGAGCUGGAGAUAAAUGAUUUUCCUCAGAAUGCUCGUUGGAAGGUCACGCAUAAGGUAACGUUGGGAACUAUAACUGAGUGGACUGGAGCUGCCAUUACUACUAGGGGGAAGCACUUCCCACCGGGUCAAGUUGCAGGACCAGGAGAACGCAAACUUUACUUGUUCAUUGAAGGGCCUACAGAACAGUCUGUGAAGAGAGCUAAAGCUGAAAUCAAACGUGUUCUGGAAGACAUAACAAGCCAGGCUGUUUUAUCACUUCCCGUUGGGACCCAUCCAGUUUUCUAAUUUCUCCAGGUUUUGAAACUUUAAGAUCAAACUGUUGAUUCAGGUCCAAAGUUCAGAUGAAUAAGGUAAGGAAUUGAAAAGAGUAAUAAUAGUGAAAGGAUAGGUUUUUCUGCAUCCAUGGACUGUAUAAAGGUGACUGCCUAAGAUUAGUGGUGUUGGGUAGUUUUUGCUUUGACUUCUGGUCAAGGCUUCUUUAAUAAUGUGUUUAUCCCUUUUGUUGGCUAAUGUUCUUCUUGUUUUUCUCUCAGGAAUCCUAUUGUGCUCGGUGACUAUUUUGGAUUUUGUGAUAGUUGUAGUGUAUAUAUAUAUAUAUUAAUGUGUCUACUAACUGUUUUCUUUUGCUUGUUGCAAGAAUAUAUUGAUACAAUUUGUUUAUUGAUUUGUUUCUUUGUCUUGAAAUUUGCAGGAUCAAACUCCUGCCUGAUUCCAUUUCAGAUUGAGCUGUGUGAAGAGAGAGACUUUUAAUGAAUUGGUUGAUUCAUUAUGUGGGAAUCUAUAAAAGCAUGUUGAUCAUUUUAUUAUAUGCUUAAAUUUUAAUAAAAGUACAUACAUUAAGCACAUUAAAAAAGUUUAUCUUAAGUAGAGUGACUUAUAGUCAUGGUCUUAUGUGUUGAUAUAAGAUUGACUAUUAUUAUUAUUAUUUAUGUAAGUGACUUUAUCACAAUAAAGAGAGAGAAAUGGAGAUUAUCCAUCCAAAUGUGUGGCAUACUAAAAUGCGAUCAAUACAAGAAAAAGACAAUAAAACAUUAAAAAAGUAAACAUAUUUAAGAUUUGAGUCCACAAAGAGUAUCAAAUAAACUGAAUAAGUUCAAUAAAUGAGCAUUGCCAAUAAAUUUAAAAUAUAAAAUAUUCAAAUAAUGUCCACGUGUCAGUUAUAAAAAUUUUAAAAGAUCAAAUAUUU